GUAAGUAAAACGAUUGAAAUGUUUUUACGGAAGUGUUUUGAUGGUUAUCGAAUUCAUUAACGAUUAAUUUACUCAUUUGCUAACCCGAAAGCGCGCGCAAACACUAAUUAAGCCUACACCGUGCACCCAGAACAAAGACGUUGAUGGCAAAACAGAGUUUAAGGAGUUUGUGAGAGAAUUUUUGCAACAAAUACGGUUUUAAGAUUUUAAUUUCACCAAAUGGGCAAGAAAUGUAAAAGUAAAGAAUCCAUUAAGGCAAGAAGUAGAAGAAGACGAACUUUAAAAAAGAAUCGACAUAAUAUUGAAUGUCAGAGAAAUGCAACAAAUGAAAUUCAAACAACAGAUGCACAUGCAUGUUCAUUAUCAGCAGAGGAUGUUGAUGAAAGGGAUCAUAGCAAUAUGAACAAAGAUCCAUUCUUUAAGGAUUUUAAGAGAUAUGUUGCAGCAAAGAUUCGCCUGGAUAAAGCGAAACAACAGAUGAAUGAUUGUUGUGGACCUAGUGUGGUCAAAACGAUGGAUGGACACGUGAAAGUAGUAUUUCUUGAUGAAGAGUACAAGUUUUAAUGGAGAAUAAAAAAAGGAAAAGAAAGACUUGCAUACAAUGCAAUGAGGAAUAUAGUGCAAGACAUUUGAGCAGGCAUGCCUGUAUCCCAAAUGAAGAAACAGUUAAUGAGCCGUUGCAUCAAACAUCAUCUGCAGUAAAUACCGACACUUCUAAACAAGACAUUGGUGUGGAUAUAAAUUUACCAAGGUAUUCUGAUUCUGAAGACUGUGAUAAUGAGGUGUGUGUUGAUGAACAUUUAUCGGAUUCAUCUGAUAAUGAAGAGGAACUCUUAUUUGUUGAUGGGCUUUUAGAUAAUGAUUAUUCAUCAGAUGAUCAAACAUCAGAUGUAACUUAUGAUCAGUAUUUAGUGUCCUUUUUUAGAAUGCUGCUUAGAUGGCAGGCUUUAUUCUAUGUGUCUGAUCAAGCUUUUGCAUAUUUGAUUUUACUUUUUAAAUCACUAUUGUAUUUGAUCUCCUCUACCUCUGAAUUUGCUUCUGAGUUGUAUAAGAAAUUUCCAGCAACUUUAUACCAGCUCAACAAGUUUAUCCGUUUUGAUAGAGACAACUUCAAAAAAUUUGUAGUUUGCCCAAAGUGCUUUGCUGUUUAUGAAUUAGAAGAUUGUAUAGAGUUUGUUGAAGGUUCUCAAACUUCAAAACAAUGUAGAAAUGUUGUUUUUCCAAAUCACUCUCUAGCUCAUUAUCGUAGACCAUGUGGUGAACUACUUAUGAAAAUCAUUAAUAUAAAUGGUAACCAAAAAUUAGUUCCAAAAAAAACCUUUUGCUACAAAAGUUUAGAAGAAAGUUUAAAAAUUUUAGUUAAUAGAAAGGAUUUUGAAGAUCAGUGUGAAUCAUGGCGCAACAGAAUUGUAUCUGAGGAUAUAAUGAUUGAUGUAUAUGAUGGUGAUGUUUGGAAAGAUUUUAAUGGGAGAUCAUACAAUUUUUUUACAGAAGAACGCAACUAUGGGGUUAUGUUAAAUGUUGAUUGGUUUCAGCCAUUUAAAUAUACAAAUUACUCAGUUGGUGCAAUAUACCUUACAAUUUUAAACUUGCCAAGGCAGGAAAGAUUUAAGAAAAGAAAUAUUAUUCUCAUUGGUCUAAUUCCAGAUAUGAAAUCUGAACCACCUACCAAUUCAUUUAUUGAACCACUUGUAGAGGAACUGAGAAUUGCUUGGAAUGGUUUCACUAUGAACAGCUUCAAAUGUCAACAGAGUCCAGCAACAUUUAAAGUAGCUUUGAUUUGUGUAGGUUGUGAUAUACCUGCCAGCAGAAAACUAUGUGGAUUUUUAGGUCAUUCUGCCACCAAGGGAUGUAACAAGUGUACCAAAACUUUUGAUGGAGUUGUCGGGGAAAAAAAUUAUGGGGGUUUUGAUGUUUCAUCAUGGGAAUUAAGAAAUUUAGAAUCGCACAAAGAGGCUGUUAAAAAAAUAGUUAAAUGUAAAACAAAAACAAAUAGGGAAAGGUUAGAGAAAGAAUAUGGAGUACGCUAUUCGGUCUUACUAGAAUUGGAAUACUUUGAUCCUAUAAGAAUGACAAUUAUAGACCCAAUGCAUAAUUUGUUUUUAGGGACUGCAAAACGCAUGUUAAUUCUGUGGAAAGAUAGUAAAAUUUUACUGCCUGAACAUUUCAACGAAAUUCAAAAACGAAUGGAACAAGUACAAUGUCCAUCUGAUGUUGGUAAAUUACCACAAAAAUUUUCAAGUAGUUUUGGUUCUUUUAAUGCAGACCAAUACAAAAAUUGGACCAUUCUUUUUUCCAUUUUUGCACUGAAUGGAAUUUUACCUGAUGUUCAUUUAGAAUAUUGGAGAAAGUUUGUUAUUGCUUGCAAACUGCUUUGUACAAGAUAUUUGUCCAGAAAUAAUGUCAAGGUUGCACAUUUGUUAUUGGUAUCUUUUUGUAGAAAAGUAGAGCAAGCAUUUGGUUGUCAAGUUAUAACACCUAAUAUGCACAUGCAUGCACAUUUAAACAAGUGCAUAUAUGAUUUUGGUCCUGUUUAUUCCUUUUGGCUUUUUAGUUUUGAGCGUGAAAAUGGUGUUUUGGGUUCUAUUCCAACAAACAAAAGAGAUAUAGAAGUACAACUCAUGAGAAAAUUUUUGAAAUAUAAUCAUUGUGAAGAUGUGUUAUUUGAUGAAUUGAAUUUUUCUGUUGAACAUUUUGGACCUGAAUUUCAAAAACUCAAUAUGAUGUAUGAUGGAAAGGACAGAGGUACAUUAAAUGAAAUGAACAAAGGUAUUAAUUAUGACUAUGUAACAAUGUGUUCAAAAAAUGUACGUAUAGAUUCUUUUCUAUGGACAAUAGAGUCUUUUGAUGACAUAAAGAUCUCCACUUUGAAAAAUUGUUCAUUAAGUGAUAGAGAUGUUGAAUUUUUGAAAAAAAAUGUAUGGUACUUUAUAUUCCAAUGCUGAACAUAGAAACAUGCAUAUUUGUAACACAUGUCGGUCUGCCAAGUAUGUAGAUAUUUUUGGUUCCAUUCUUGGUGUCAAAAUGGGAAGAAGUAGUAGAUCAUCUAUGAUAAUAGCAUACUGGCAUAAGGAUGAUGGGCAGAUAUGUACAUAUGAUGAUAUGGAUCUUACUCCAUGGCCUGGACAAAUACAACAGUUGAUUGUACAUAAUGUAAUCUUUGGCCAAAAAUCCCAUGUUCAUUUGUUAGCCAAAGUCAAGUGGUUUUCAAAACUUGAUGAACAAACUUUCAAACACUAUGGCAAACCUGUAGAAGCAUGGCAUAGCAAUGUGUUUGAUGUAGAAGGCCCAUCUACAUACAUACCCGUACAACGAAUCAAAUCAAAGUUUGUGUAUGCUUAUGAUAAAAUAGGAGGCAAAAAUGUCAUUGUUGUCAUGCCAAGAGAAAGGUUUCUUUGCUAAUUGAAUUUAUAUUUAAAAACUGUCAGAGAGAACAUACAAUGUCAUUUGAAUUGUUCAUAGUGGUUAUUUUCUUGAAAAUUUACUGAUUCAGAAUGAAAGUUAUAUACAUAUGUAAAAUGCAUUGUGUAGAAAGACAUUUUUUUGUCAAUGUUGAAAUUAUCAUGCAUAGUUUUUAUCUUGUUUUACAUGCACAUAUUGUCACACACAC